UGCUCCCGGCCGCCGCUCACGCCCACUAGUUUCCGCAUCCGCAGUGUAGCCACCUCCAAGUGGGAUCACACACGGCCAAACCCACACGGGCCCCACUUCCAGUUUGACGAAGUACAUCCCCAACCCAUCAUUCCUUGUGCGCGUGGUAAUUACCGCCGCUUCACUCAACCCCUGCUAUAAACCUGCGAUCUGCCCUAAAGCCCCAAAGCCUGUUUGAAUCCAUCUAAAAAAAAAAAUCCCGUUUGAAUCUCGUCCUCCGCUCGAUCCAGACUAGAGAAGAGAGCUCUUCGGGAAGGUUCGGUGAUGGCGGCGACGAUCCAGUCCGUGAAGGCGCGCCAGAUCUUCGACAGCCGCGGCAACCCCACCGUCGAGGCUGAUGUGUGCUGCUCAGAUGGAACCUUUGCAAGGGCCGCUGUUCCCAGUGGUGCAUCAACUGGUGUUUAUGAAGCUCUGGAAUUGAGGGAUGGUGGAUCUGACUACUUGGGGAAGGGUGUUUCCAAGGCUGUCAACAAUGUGAAUUCUAUAAUUGGACCUGCUCUGAUUGGCAAGGACCCUACAGCACAGACUGAGAUUGAUAAUUUCAUGGUUCAGCAACUUGAUGGCACUAAAAAUGAGUGGGGGUGGUGCAAGCAAAAGCUUGGUGCAAAUGCUAUCCUGGCUGUGUCACUAGCUGUUUGCAAAGCGGGAGCUAGCAUCAAGAAGAUUCCUUUGUACCAGCACAUUGCCAACCUCGCAGGCAACAAGCAAUUAGUUUUGCCUGUCCCUGCAUUUAAUGUCAUCAAUGGUGGUUCCCAUGCUGGAAACAAGCUCGCAAUGCAGGAGUUCAUGAUUCUUCCUACUGGAGCUGCGUCAUUCAAGGAGGCUAUGAAGAUGGGUGUUGAAGUGUACCACAACCUUAAGUCUGUUAUCAAAAAGAAGUAUGGGCAAGAUGCCACUAAUGUUGGUGAUGAAGGUGGUUUUGCUCCGAACAUCCAGGAGAACAAGGAAGGACUUGAGCUCCUGAAAACUGCAAUUGAGAAGGCUGGAUAUACUGGCAAGGUUGUCAUUGGAAUGGACGUUGCUGCUUCAGAGUUUUACAGUGACAAGGACCAAACCUAUGAUCUCAACUUCAAGGAGGAGAACAACGAUGGUUCACAGAAGAUAUCAGGAGAUAGCUUGAAGAAUGUGUACAAGUCAUUUGUGAGUGAGUACCCCAUUGUCUCGAUUGAAGAUCCCUUUGACCAGGAUGACUGGGUUCACUAUGCUAAGAUGACUGAAGAAAUUGGAGAGCAAGUGCAAAUUGUUGGUGAUGACCUUCUUGUCACCAACCCCACUAGGGUUGCAAAGGCUAUCAAGGACAAGGCAUGCAAUGCCCUUCUGCUCAAGGUUAACCAAAUUGGAUCUGUGACUGAGAGUAUUGAGGCUGUGAAGAUGUCAAAGCGUGCUGGCUGGGGUGUGAUGACCAGUCACAGGAGUGGUGAAACUGAGGAUACGUUCAUUGCUGAUUUGGCAGUUGGUCUGUCUACGGGUCAGAUCAAGACUGGAGCACCCUGCCGAUCAGAGCGUCUUGCCAAGUACAACCAGCUUCUUAGGAUCGAGGAAGAGCUUGGCGCUGCUGCUGUCUACGCUGGUGCCAAGUUCCGUGCACCUGUGGAGCCCUACUAAAUGGGAUGCUUGAAUUCCAACACUUAUUUGCACAAUUUCUAUGAGAACCUGUUAAGGCGCCCUUCAUCCGUUACAUUCAGAUCGAACUUGGUGCAGUUCUUAGGGUUUUGAGCAAUAAAUGCUGACAUGUUAAUGUGAGCGGACAUGUACCCAAACUUGCUCCAAUUUAGGUUGUGUAAUUACGCCUGGGCCCGUUCGAUCUUGUAUUAGAUUUAUGGGCAGGUGUUUCUUCUGGAUUGUCGGCAACGGCGUGUUUGACGUUGCUGUUUUGCUCUAAACAGGUUUACCGAACCAGUUCGAUCUUAAUAGAGAUAUGCGAGCAGUUGUUUCUUUUC